GCGGUUUUCUGCAAACCCGGAAGCGGAUCGCGGGGAGUGAAGAUUGCACAGCAGAGCAUUGACCUCUAAAGACUCAUGUGGCCUGAAGAAGUCCAGAAGAGAAGAAAGGGGAAGGAAGGAGGAGACAGGGAUGGCUCUUCCUCAGGAAAGGUUGACAUUCAGGGAUGUGGCUGUAGAAUUCUCUCCGGAGGAGUGGAAGUGCCUGGACUCUGCUCAGAGGACUUUGUACAGGAAUGUGAUGCUGGAGAACUACAGGAACCUGGUCUCCCUGGGAAUCUCUCUCUCUGAAAUGAAUAUUGUCUCCACGUUGGAGCAAGGGAAAGAGCCCCGGACUGUGGAGAGUGAAGUGAAAAUAACAAAAACAUCAAAUGGUUGGAAAUGCAUCAAAGGUGUGAACACAGGAGACCUGGAGCCAAGAAGCGGAUCAUCCUUCAUUCCUGCCCCCUGCGGAAUCAGGGCCCGACUACCUCUGCCCACCAAGGCUGCACCACAGACUACUGGGAAUGAUAUAAAAUUCUCCUUUGAUCAGAGAAAAUAACUAAAACUCCUCCAAAAGGCAGCUGACUCACCAGAGUUCUCAAAUGACUUGGAAAUCAGAGUAAAACGCAGAUUCCCAGGCCACAUCAGGCCCCACUGAAGUCAUCUGGACAGUGCUUUUGUUUUCAACAGCUUUAGAGAGUUAUGCAUCACAUAAUGCUGUUUUGUUCAAUGAAAGACUGCAUAUACAAUGAUGGUUCCAUUAGAAUACUGUAUUUUUACUAUACCAUUUCUGUUUGGACAUGUUUAGAUAUACAGAUACCGCUGUGUUACAACUGCCUAUGACAAUACGCUGUACCCAUUUGUAGCCUCGGAUCCAGAGUCUAUAC